GUCGAUGAAUAAUAAACUAGUUUAGUAGUAUUCGUAGAAGUAAAGUAGAUUCGUUCUCUCGAUGCAUUAGAAACUAUAAUGCGCCAAUUGGUAUCAGUGCCUGGUUCGGCAGAACCGAGCUCGAUGAUGCUCGCAUAUAGGGCAUGCUUUUCGCAGAUCGGUGAGAGGUCUUCUAUCAUCCGGAAGCAACUGGACGAACGCAGAAGGUUGUCGAGGGAUGGAGCUCGGCAGCUUGUCGAUGGAGAACCGCCGAUCGAGAUUGACGAGCCGCCGGAUAAAUCACCUAUUCUGGCCACAGCAGAGAUCUCGCUCUCUGCUCUCACCGGCGUUCCCAGGCCCACAAUCAUCCGCUUCGACACCACCAUCCAUCAAGAACCAGCUGCCGUCCUCGUCGAUAGUGCAUCCUCGCACAAUUUUGUGAGUUGUGAAGCUGUCGGGAAAUUGUUCUUAAGAGCUACUCCGAUUAAACCUUUAAAAGUGAGGGCCACCCAUGGAGAUUUCAUAUGGUGCGAACGAUGCUAUACAGCCGUCCCAAUUGAGAUACAAGGGGUACAACUUCAAGUCGACUUGUAUGAGCUACCGCUACGCGGAGUUGACGUUGUUCUCGGCGUUCCAUGGCUUGAUCAAGCAAGUCCGAUAUCUUUUAAUUGGAAGAAGGCUACCGUUCGUUUUAAAGAGAAGGGAUCAUGGGUUACGUUGCAGGGAUUCAAUGAUCCUGAUAAAAGGACAACAACUACUGCCGAACCCCUCAAUCCUCCAGCAUUCGCGGAAAAGCUAACCGCAGCUCCGCCGUCGUUGUCAGAGCCCAUUGCAGGUUGGGAUUCUAACCGCCAAGCGAUCGCCUCACCACCACUGAUUGCAUCGCCAACAACGACAACUAGCGAGGAUGCCACACGGACUGAGAAGUUCCGUCUCGGCCUCGCCGGGAGUAACGGUGAGUCCGGCCUCUCAUAUCACAAGCUCGGGAGAUCGCUCGUCCCAUCGUCGGCAAGUCUUGGAGUUGUUGAUGACAGGGCUGACCUUGACGAUUUUGCAACUGACUGCCUUAUAGGGGAGAGGCGUCUCUAUCAUAGGAAGAAGAGGCAGAAACAACGGGAACCCAUUGUCGAGUUACCAUCGCCGCAGGCUGGAGCCCUAGCCGAGUCAGUGGAGUUCGAUGCCAACCAAACCGCACACUCAAACGAUGUUGGUGCGACCGCGGAUUCCUUGGACAAUGAUACGCUGAAGAUGGUGGAUGUUUUCGCUACCAUCGACUUCGCCACGAUGAAGUCCUCUUCCCCGCAAGGUCGUGCGCGUGGGAUGAAGGAACAGUUGGAGUGGAGUCCAAAUGGUGGGUAUGUCGGUAACGCAGGUUCAAGUCCGAAAGGAAUCUCGUGUGAACUGGUGCGUAAUGGGCUGGUCCCAGGAUGCAUUGGAUCGACAAUGGGUGGGUUGACGGGAGGUCUUCUCUAUGGCGUGAAGCUUAGUUCAAGGGAGGACGAAUCCGAUGAUAAGGUCACCAUUAUCGAUCGGCAACAUUCUUGUUCAUUCCUCCUUGAGAACUCCAGUCGAAUGAAGGCAAUGAACUGCAGAACUGCCGGUGGGACAAUGCCACGGAUGGGUCGAGGGGUUGGGGGAAUUACGUCAAGGAGCGUGAAUGGUGGUCAUAUAGAGGUUUUGAGUUACGGGUGGAAGGAGGCAAGUCUAUUUUUGAACUCUAAUGAAGAACCAAUCCACGUAAGCCAAUUAUCCUACCCACCUCAUAGAGAUCCAGAAGGAGUGAUGGCAUGGGGAGGGUGUUUCAACCCAGGUGGAGAGAAUUUAGGAGGAAUUAGAGCGGUUGAUCAUGGAGGAUUGGAUUGGGUGUUAAAGCUGAAUUGGAAGUAUCGCAAGCGUGGGUGCCGUCGUCCAAGCCUCGUGAUCGUCCAUCACAAGCUACGUGGAAGCUUCUUCUUCAUCGAUCCGGGGAUGGCGCCUGAACUUCGGGGACGAAGUUCUUCAAAGGGGGGAGGUUUGGUGCAUUAUAGCACCCGUUAUAGAACUCGUAGGCCUUGGUGCCGAGUUGGACUUAGUAAUUAGAUAUUAUUAUUAGUUAAUUAUUGUUAUUCGUAUUAGUUUAUUGUGUCUUGUUGAGGAAGUUAUUAAUUACUUGUUGGGUUAGGAUUAGUUUACCUUGUUUGAAAGAGAAAGGGUUUGUAGAGUAGUUCUAUAAAUAUGUACGUUGUUCUUUGGUUUUAGUACGUCGAUGAAUAAUAAACUAGUUUAGUAGUAUUCGUAGAAGUAGAAGUAAAGUAGAUUCGUUCUCUCGACGCAUUAGAAACUAUAAUGCGCCACAUAUUCAGGUAUGCUUAAUUGUAUAAUGAACUGGUUUUUACUUG